GAUGGGGCUGGGUGGGAAAUGGUUGCAUUUGGGGCUUUGUGUCACCGUUGCCUUCGUGCGGUGCUCGGGGAGGUGGGGAGUAGCUGAGCACCAUGGGAUGUGGUGAGGUUCUGGGGUGUGCUCAGCUGCACGGGAUGGGGAUGGGACAGCAGUGAGGGUGACGUGGUGAUGCUGAUGGCAUGGGGAUGUAAAUGGCACAGAGGUGCAGGGAGCACAGGAUUGGGGUGGCACAGGAUUGGGGUGGCACAGGGAUUCAGGCGACCCGCUUCUCCCUGGAGCUAUAAAUCUGCUCCCAUCCCCUCUGCCCAUUCCCCCCCUUUUGCUCUGCACUUUCCCCACACGCACUCAGAUGCAGGUGGCUGUUCCCAGCCCAGGGGAAUCUUUGGGGUUUCCCAGUGGUUCCCCUUCCCAGCACCAUUUCUCCCGCUCUGCUGUCCGGUGCAGCUGUGGCUCUCAGUGUCCUGGGGUGCUGGAGGUGGGCUUUGGUCCCUGCACUCCCCUUCAUUCAGAGGGUGUUGCCAUCCCCUGCUGUGGGGUGGAUGUGCUGUGGGGGUCUCAGCUGUCAAAGCAGGGCCUGGGGUCACCUCCCCGUGCAGCAGGGCAGUGGGUGGUGUUCCUGCAGCAUCUACUGGGGAGCAGCUGGGAUGUGCCACUGCUUCCUGCAUUCCCACUCUGCUCCCUAAACCCAUUCCUGUGACAGCAUCCCCUUCCUAUUCCCACAUUCCUCAAUGCCCUGGUGUAGGGCAACCCGGGGGGGAGGAGGGGUGCACUGCCCCCAGACAAAGGUCUGUGAUAUCCCACAGAGUGUAGUGCUGGCUGUGCUAUGGGGCUGCUCCCCAGUGUUUGGGAUGGCAGUGCUGUGGGGCUGCUCCCAGCCACUGUGAGAUGGCAGCGUGGUGGGUUUGAUCCCCAGCUUUUGGGAUGGCAGUGCCACAGAGUUGCUUCCAGCCGCUUUGGGAUGGCAGUGCCAUAGAGUUGUUCCCAGCUGCCCUGGGAUGGCAGUGCCGUGGGAUUCGGGCAGCGCCCGGGUGAGAGAAGUGAACGGGACUGGAGAGCACCGCCGCGGUGCCGGGGUGACACGGGGACAGCGUGGGGACCCGGCGUGGCCGCCAGCCCUCCGGCCGUGCUGCGUGCAGGAAUCUCGCCCGGCUGGUUCGGUGCGGGGCACGGCCGGGCGCCGCGCAAGGUGAGCAAUUAACGCUCGGGGCUAAUGGAGCUCGCUGGGCGCCGGAUUCGGGCACGGCCGCCCCGACGUGAGAGCCGACGACGUGCCGGGGCCGGCCGGCGGCGGUCAGCCGCACACCGCGCCGCUCGGGGCCGGGGCUGCGUGUCGGGAGGCCGCUGGGAGCGGCUUUGCUCGCCCUGCCCGGCUCCGCUUCCUGCCCGCCGAUGUCACCGCAGCCGCCGUCCCCGUGCGUCAGCGCUGGGGAAGUGCCCUCCCACCGUGACACGGACGGCGGGCAGCGCCGGCGGGCGGGGACGGAGCCGGCACCUCGCGGCCGGAGGUCGGCUCGGCAGGACGUCGCUCGCCGCUCCCCGCCGCGCUCCCAUCGCCGCGUCGCUCCCUGCUCGCCCGGUGAGCUCCGUCCACGCGUUUCCCACGGCUGGAUUCGGGAGAAAGAAGAGGAUGUGAGUGGGCUGUAAGAACUGAGCGAGAUGGACGGAGAGCUGCUCGAUACAGAGGUGGAUGGAGAAGCACCUGCUGCCAUGGGGGAUGUGGGAGGAGAGGCAUCCUGUGCUGAGAGUGGUGCAAAAGGAGAGGUGUCUGGUGCUGAGGUGGAUGGAGAACUUCCCACUGCCAUGGAGGAUGUGGCAGGAGAGAUGUCCUGUGCUGAAAGCAGUGCAAAAGGAGAGGGCCCUUAUGCUGAUGGCCACGUGGAAGGAGAGAUGCGCUGCUCUGACAGCGAUGGGGAGGGAGAGCUGCUCUGCAAGGAGACCGAUGCGAAGGGAGAGGCGUCUUGCUCUGAGAGCGAAGGGGAAGAAAUGCCUGAUGUUGAGAUCACUGCUGCUUCCAAGAAAAUCUCUUUUAUUUCUUCUCCCUUGAGGGCAAUCGUCCGCCUCAAGCAGCGCUACCGAGUGCAGAAGAAAAGCCGUCUGCACUUCGAGCUUCCCCAGGAAAAAUCAUCCGAGCCCGUCCAUGCACGGCUGCUCCAGAGGCAGUUUUCCCUGAACAGGUCUGGUCUGUACGGCUCCUCCAAGUCCUUCUUUAACCAGUCCAGCUUCAAGACAUCCCAGUAUUUCACCUUUGACACAUCUGUGGAAGAGUGGGCGAUGAGCAAACCCAGGAGGAAAAAGAAACGAAGGAAAUCUCGGAUAGUUCUGUACCCUGACAAAACAAAGAGAUACCUCCCAACGGAGGAGAAGAGCAAUGCCAAACGCUGCCUCCUGUUGCUCAUCGUCAUUAUCUUCUUCCAGAUCCUCAACGCCAUAGAGAACCUGGAUGACAACCUCCAAAAAUAUGACCUCGAUGGCUUAGAGAAAACAAUGCACCGGGAAGUAUUUGGGCAGAAGCUUGCUGUGGAAAGUAUUAUGCAGCUGCUGAAGGACUAUCUUGCUACCCACAUCCACAACAAGCCGCUGGUCCUCUCGUUAAAUGGCCCCACAGGAGUGGGGAAGAGUCACGUUGGCUGGCUGCUGGCCAAGCAUUUUCGCUCCGUCAUGGACAAUGACUUCGUGCUUCAGUACUUUGUCAUGCACCACUGCCCGAGCGGCGUGGAUCCUCUGACUUGUGAAACAGACUUGUCUAAAAAGAUUUCUGACAUGGUUACGAGAGCUGAAAUCGAGGAGAAGAUACCGCUGUUCAUUCUGGAUGAGGUUGAGCUCAUGUCUCCGGUCCUGCUGGACACUCUCAGCCGAUUCUUUGAACCCAACCAAACCAAUGAGUUCCUCAAUGCCAUCUACAUUUUGAUAAGCAACAUAGGGGGUGGUGAAAUCACCAAGUUUGUCAUCCAGAACGCAUCCACCGAGCUCCUGCAGCAACGGAGCGGAGCUGAGGAGCUGCUGAGCGUCAUCCAGCCCGUGCUGAGCCAUGCCCACCCGCUGUGGAAGGCAGCAGACGUCGUCCCCUUCGUUCUCCUGGAGAGGAGUCACGUCAUAGACUGCUUCCUGGAGGAGAUGAGGAGGGAAGGGCUGUACCCCGAGCAGAGCCACGUCGAGAGGUUGGCCGGCCAGCUCAGCUACUACACUACGGGCGACAAGCAGUUCUCCAGGCUGGGCUGCAAGCAGGUUGUGGCCAAAGUCAACCUGCUGUAGGGAUUCUCUGCAGAGACACAGCCUGUUCUCAGGAUUACAGUCUCGUGAGGAGUGUGUGAGGGCAGAGUGGCUCAGUUGGCUGCCCUGGGGCUGCUGGUCGGGGCAGGGGAUGGCAGCCCAGGCUCCUCUGCAGCACAACCACUCCUCUCCUCUGGGUGUUCCCCAUGUUUGCAGAGGGCGGCGUGGCCAGCGUGGGCCCCACAGCUUCACAGCAAUUAGAGACACUUUGUUUGUUAGUCAUGCACUCGUUAGAAUGAGGACAGACGCUGUGCAGCACCAAGUGAAGGAAGAACCCAUAACUCAUUGGGGUGCUCUGUCUCAGCAGCACGGAGCCGCAUCUCACUGUCUCCAGGGCUGCAGUCUCCACUGGGAGCUCUUCUGCUUUUUGCUGCUGGGUGCACCUCACCACGCUCGUUAUCUAGAAAGCCUGAAAUAGCAACUGGUGUCUGUUGGGCAGCACGCACUGGAAAAGGCCAUUUGGGCUGUGUGGGCACGGGGCAACUGGGAUGCUGGGCUUCUCCUGGUGCUGCAGGGCCCUGUGGAUGUUCUUUGCCAUUGAGACCCAGUGGAGAGCAGCACAUCAUUGCCUGGAAGUACCUUGGGAACAGCACGUCUUUGUUUUGAGCAGGCAGGUAGAGCAGGUGUUCAUGGCAUCGCUUCUCCAGGUUUUGGUUUUGUGCCCAGGUCCCCUUCUACAACUUGCUGUGAAUUAUCAUAUACGUAAUCCUGUGGAUGUUUGCACUGGUUGUUUGAUUUGCCUCUUUCUCAUUGUUGGUCUCCAAAGACUUCCAUCACAAACUUCUGCUUCCGGAGCUAUUGUCAGGAAUAAAUCCAAACUAUCUUGAAUAAAUUAAUUUGAAAGUACUCUUCCCAUAUGUGACCGAAAUGUGGUUUUCCACCCAGAUUUCUCUUCUGGGUCGAUGCAGCUGUGGUUUGGACUGGGAGCAAGGGCUGCAGCUUUGCUGAAAGCUCAAAGGUAUGACAGGAGGGUUAGGCAUCACCCCAGCUCAGUGGCUGUCCAUGCUGCCCCUGACACCCCCUUUGCUGUCAGCUGUGUUUGGGGUACAACCUGCAUUGGCAGAACCCCCCCAUUGUCCCAGAGGAGCACCCUGAGGGCAGGCAUGGCUGGCUUCAGACACACACACUCCCUUCUCUUCCCAAGCAGCUCGGCUCCAGGAUGCCCAGGGAUGGGAGCAAUGCAGACUAUGUGCUGUGGGCAUCGCUUGUUGUGCACCCCAGCAUGCAGCUGCAGAGCCUUCCCUAUCUUCCUGGCCUGUGCCCCAUCACAAAGUGAUCUCAGGUCUCCACUGUUCUGCACUCAGCCUUUGGGGCUGGGCAGUGCCAGGUCGCUGUCAGCUCAAUACCAGGGAUAACCUCCCAGCUGCUUUCUGGAUGCAGGAGAUCCUUUGUCCCUGGGAAAGGGCUGAGAGCUGGACACCAAACCUCCAAGUGCCCCCACAAGCAAGUUGGGAGGAUUUGCAUUCACAGUGAUGGAUAAUGAACUGCCCUGAGCUCAGGCUCAAAGCAUUCCGGGUGUGUGUGCCUGGGGUUCCCAGGGACACCCGUCCCACUGAUGUCCCCAUCCUCCUCCCUGCGCUCCGGGCACUGGGAGGUGGUUGGGCUUUCCCCUGCAUUUCUCCAGUAACAGCCUGGCUCCAGCCCAAGGAAGCUGGUGCACGUACACGUUCUGCGUGGGCUCAGCUGCCUCCAGGAAAGGGAGUUUGUGAUGGAGGGUUCCUAAAAAGGAGCUAACCCGAGCUGGCUCCGUCCACCACAGCCUGCCCAGAGCCGCCUCCGCAGGCAGGUGCUGGCUCAUGAGGCUGAAUCCUCCCUGUUUGUAUUCUUUUUGCUGUGGGAUGAUGAUAGAGAGGUGAUUCAGUGCCAAACCAACACUGCUCUGUUAGGCACUGCAGCAUUAUGUCAGCUGUGCUGGGCCAUCAGUGCCACUGGUGCUGCUCCUCCUGCAUUGUGCACAACCCAGGGACCUCAUCCUCACUGCCCGGUGCCCCUGGCUGUGAUGGUUCUGCCAGCAGAUCCAUAACAUCAGCCUGGAGCAGUGCGUGCAGAUGGGUGUAAAUGGAGGUACUGUUUCUGGAGGUGCAGCAGUCAGCCCAUCCCCAACAACGUGUCCUCCCAGGAGGGGGGGGAAAGCUAAUUGGGAACUCCAGCAGAUUCAGUGCUUCAAUGCAUUUCCCCCCCCUGUAAUCUUCACUGAACACAUCAAUACAACCAGGGAAGCAACAUUUAAUUUGAGCAGGGGAGAAGCUGUGACUGAAGCAAUUCAUCCAAGGUGCGGAGGAAAAUGCAACAGCUUUUGAGAUGGCACAGCAGAAUGCUGGAGAUGAGGAGUGAGAGCACGGCCUUGGGCAGGGUGGGAAGGCCCAGGUCUGUGCACUGAAUGCUGUACAGCAGGGGUGAAGGAACGCAGGGCUCAUCAGGGCACCCUGUCAGGACGGCGCCUGGGCUGCACCGUGUGAGCCAACACACCUGCAGGUGUGAGGAGUGUGAGGUGAAACGAGAUAAGAGCUUUCAAAUAUGCAAAAGAGAGGCAGGGAGCAGGGCUGAGCUCUGCAUGUUCUCCCUGCGCAGGGUGUAGGGUCAGCUCUGAAGAGCACGGCUGAGGUUACACUGCAGGAAAAGUGCUGCAGCAGAGAAGCUCCCAGAUGGGCUGAGCAGAGCAGCUGCACUGGGCGGGGGAUGGAGGACGAUGGGUUGAAGUUCUUGGAAUCCAUGGGCUCACAAGCUGCUGUUUGCUUGGCUCCUGCCUCCCCUUGGUGCCUGCUGAUGGCUCAGCUGUAGCUCUGUCCCACCCAGCACGCAGCUGGUCUCACUUGCAGUGCUUGCUCUUCAUUGAGAUCACUGCAGUUUAACACUACCCCUCUGCAGUGAGCACACGUGGGAUGCUAAAAUAGCUGGUUUUAGGCCCAAAGUUACAGGCACCUGCAUCUGUGACUAGCCAGGCUGGGGAAAUGGGAAAGCAGCAAAGGGCUCCCAGAAGGGACUGCUCCUCCUCCUCCUGCUGGGAUUGCAGUGAUGAACUCCACUGGGUGCACACAGUGCUGGGCUCUCAGUGGAUGCUAUUCUGAGCUUAUUGACAUUGAGCUUCCUGUGAUAUCCCUCAGGCUGGGAUUCAGCUCCUAUUGUUACACAUCCAGAGAAAGUCUGAGUAAGUCAUGGCUGGGAUUUCCUCAGCACUCUGACCUCAGAUUUCACCUCUGCCUGUGCCCUACUCUGGCUCCUGUAAUGUGCCAUGGUACCCAAACGCUCACUCAGGUUGAACCCUGGCAGUGUGUCACCCAUUCCUCUAAGCAAAGAGAGAAAGAAUUGAAAUCCUGGAGCAAGAUACUCCUGUAGAUUAAUGGUUUUCCUCUUAAGCUCCUUGUCCAAAUCAACAGCAAGAGCCACAUGCAGGUACCCAAGAAGCAGAGGGUGUUGGUGUGAUGUUCCACGUUUUCCCAACACAGCUCUCAAUUCCCAGCAGAUUUUCUGAGGCUGCAACCAAAAAGACACAGUGUGUAGCUCACAUAACCCCCUUUCCCAGCCCAAUUUGGCUUUACCAUCCUGGGUUGUUUCUGAUGCGUCAGAGCGAAGCACUUCGUUCUUCCUGAGAUGACUUCAUGCAUUUCCAACAUGUGGGAUGAAGGUUUCUGAGUCAUGGGCUUUCUUCACCCUACCCGGGCCCUUCCUCCCCUCUGGCUGCCUCUGGGGGCUUGGAAAGUGUUCUGAGCUUUUGUUUUGAGCUGAGCUGGUCCUUGGCUUCCAGAUUGUUGCUUAUCUUUCCAAUACAAAGAAGUGCGCGUGCCUCAGACCCUGGGUCCGUCCCAACUAUUUUGGAUGAUGUAAGGAGAGUUUCUGCCCCUCCCUGCAAAUUGCUGUGCUCAAACAGCACUGCAGUUUUUGGAUGUUUCGUGGUCAAAAUGUGAUACGGAGCACUGCAGAGUGCCUUGGCCUGACGUAACCCAGCGUCCUCAGCUCCACCAGGGCCCUGGGCUCCAUCUCCAAAAGCUGCUCCACACCAGUUCUGUUGGUACCAGGACCAACACCGGGCCCUUUUGUGUUCCAUGCUCGUGCCAAAUAUCCAUCACCUCCACAACCAAAUGCUGCUCCUGAUGCAUCCAAUACUCAUUUUUUGGAUUUGGAGGCUCAUUGUGAAAUGCACUGUUGUCUCUGGCCUAGAGAGGAUGAAUGACGUUCAACUCUGGAUGCAGUUCAACAGAAAUUGCUUUUUCAUCUCCUUGCACCUGGUGGGCAGAAAAUCUGCUUCUUGCAAUGCUGAUUCAUCUUAGUUCUCAUCUGAGAAGUAUUCAGUGACCUGCUUGGACAAGCUAUCCUGAGAGUUAUAAAUAAAUCCUUGUGUAAUCUCGCUCAAAUGAUAAUAAGCUAAUGGAUAAUUAUGAUUGCCAGUAGGAAGAAGUCCUGUCCCUACAGGCAGAGCCUUCUAUUCCUGGGUCUCAAUGUUCUGAGGUGGUGUUAUUAUUCACGUCCUCACACUGGGUGCUGGGCAGUGCUGGUGGGGUGGGUUAGAUGUGUUAGAUGGAACAUCACUGCGACACCCAUGGGUGGUCAGCACCUGGACCAAGGCAAUCACAUUCUGAGGGACAGAGGGAGAAACGCACUGACCUGCUUCAUGGCUCUGGCUGGAAUAAAGGGAAUUAAAAUGCGAUGCCAAAUGUUUGAUUUUGGCAUUUAACAUCACUGCUCACCUAACGCUCGGGUGCAUUUGGUGUCACUUUGCGUGCUGAGCUGGCCUGAGGUCUGUGUGCUGCGAGUGGGAGGAUGUGCUGCUAAUCCCAUCCUGACUCAUUUGGCGUGCAGGGACUGGGGUGGCCCCAAAGGCUCAGUCACCACAGGGCAAAGCUGCAGCAGCUCCGUGUGAUACAUGUUCCCAUUGUGUGCUUUGUUGAAAGCAUUCGCGUGGUUUAGUUGGAAGGAUUUUGCACUGGCCGUGGGAGGUGGAUGCCCGGCAGGGGUUGCAGCUAAGGAUGCUGAGUGUGGGCUCAGACAUCAGAGCUGAAGGGAGAACCAUCCUACCCCAGUGUCACCCACAUCCGUGAGAUGAUGGCUAAAGAGCCUGCCUGAGCUGAUGCCUCACCUUCUAGCACCUCUCUUCCUGCAAACUGAAAAUAAUUAGGAGAUUUUAGAAGCAGCACAAGGAGGCUGUGGAUGCCCCAUCCCUGCAGGCAUUCAA